AUGUUGCCAGAUGCCGCUUUAAAUAUCAACGUGGAGCCAGCUGGAGCAUGGCUACAACUGGGGACGUUUCAAGGACUCGGACAGUCCGUUGAGUUGGACUUUUUGGAGAUUGUGGUAGAUAUAUUCGUCACAGGAGCUCCCGCGUCCAAUUGCGCUGACGAUCAGAGCAAGCCAAAACUCUAUAGCUUGCAUCUGAGGACUUUGAAACCAGAACUCUACAGCAAGAUCGAUUUCUCCAGAUACGACCGAAAGCAAAUAGUGCUUUUCUUGAUGGUACCCGAAGUUGAGGUCGUAGAAUUGAGCAAUCAGGUGAUCUGUGGCGUUCAGAAUGUCCACGCAGAUAUGCUUUCUCCGACCGGAGCUCCAGUAGCCCGUCAUCUAUGCGACACAUGA